AAACAACACGGAAAACGCAUGCGUGCGCCGAUCGACAGGAAACCAACCAAUCAGAAAAGAGAGUGGGUGGAGCUUCACAUCGAGUUAGGAGUCGUGUGAAAAGCUGUUGAAUACCGCCUUAUGACCUGCUGCCGAGUCAAAACCGUAAUGUUCGCAGUUUGUGCAACAUCUUAUCUUACCGCUCAUUAAGUUGUGUCUUUUAUCAAGCGUUUUAAGGUGUUUUAAGUGGAAAUUAUUCACUAAAGACACCAAUUUACUAUCUAUUAUUGGCAAAGCUUGUGUCAACUGCAGACGUCAAACUGUUCUGGAGACCGUUCGAAUCGCGAUUUGCGAACAAAUCGACGGCGGCGACUAUGGAAGAAUCUGUCGUUCAACCGAUAAAUGGCUCACUUCCUCCAAAAAUGGAAAACGUUGUUUUUGCUUCGACAACGCCUAGUCAUCUUUCAGGCUCGCCGUCGCCUUCCGACUUGUCGUCGGUCGAUGAAAGUUUGGAGGAUCCACCCAGUUCGAUGGUACAGGUUUCCGCCUGCUCAAUGCUACCUAACUCCUCGUCAUCAUCGUCGUCAAGUUUAAUUGGUCCGAUUCCUAAGAGGUCGUCGCCCGGUCUUGUGUGCCUUGUCUGUGGAGAUACAUCGUCAGGCAAGCACUACGGAAUUUUGGCCUGCAACGGCUGUAGCGGCUUCUUCAAAAGAAGUGUUCGUCGGAAGCUUAUCUACAGAUGCCAAGCCGGAACGGGAUUAUGUGUCGUGGACAAAGCGCACCGCAACCAGUGCCAGGCGUGCCGCUUGAAGAAGUGUCUGCAAAUGGGCAUGAACAAAGACGCUGUUCAAAAUGAAAGACAACCAAGGAACAGUUCUCAAGUAAGACACGAUCAAAUUGAGGACGAAUUACAGGCUGGCGCACCAGCCACAAUUAGUGCUACCCACCCGGCCUUUUCCCCUCAUUCCAACCGAUUUCUUCCUCGAGAACCUUCAUUAGCAGCUGCUGCCGCCGCCGCAGCCGUGGCCGCCCAGGUAGCGGCCGAGGCCAAUAAACAAAAAGAAACUUCGACAUCUGAGGAAAAUGCCGGCGACGACAUCGACGUUACGAGCGUCGAACCGGAACGAGAUGCAGCACAGCAACCAACGCCCGUGACGACAUCGGCUAGCCAAAGCUACCGCGAAACUGCAAUAUUCCCAACAGGAAGUGAAACUUUGUACGAAUGUUCCGCCAGAUUGCUUUUUAUGGCGGUCAAGUGGUCGAAGAAUUUGCCCUCCUUUGCUAAUCUUCCUUUUCGGGAUCAGGUUAUACUAUUGGAAGAGGCUUGGUCUGAAUUGUUUCUACUUUGUGCAAUACAAUGGAGUUUGCCGAUGGAACAAUCACCCCUCUUCAAUCCUGCCGACCAUGCCCAACAGGGUAGUGCUAAAUUACUGGCCGAUGUCCGCCUUCUGCAAGAGAUCUGCAAUCGAUUUAAGGCCGUUAGGGUAGAUCCGGCCGAAUUCGCUUGCCUAAAAGCGAUAGUCUUAUUUAAACCAGAAACAAGAGGUCUGAAAGAUCCCGCACAGGUAGAAAACCUUCAGGACCAGGCCCAGAUUAUGCUACACCAACAUAGCAGAGCCCAACAUCCAGCUCAAUCAGUUAGGUUCGGUCGUUUAUUGCUGAUGCUGCCAUCGCUUCGCUACGUUCCAUCCGACCGGGUUGAAAACAUGUUCUUCUCACGUACGAUUGGUAACACUCCAAUGGAGAAGCUGCUUUGUGAUAUGUACAAGAGUUAAAUAUACAGCGCUCUCCUAUAAAAGACGCUUGAAAUGGAGCGUCACUUUAAUCUUAUUAAGAUCAUAAUUAUUAUUGUCAUAUCUGUUUUAUGUAUAUUCAUAUGCAUGAGUGUUUACACUUCCUCAUAUAUUAAUAUAUCUGUAUAAUUAUGUUUAUGGCGAAGUGUAUAUGUAUUUUAUGAUGAUUAUAAGUAAGGUAUUUAUACACUUUUUGUCUGUGAAUAUGAUUAUAUAUAUAUAAGUAUAUUUCCAGUCUAAAAAAAGUGUAUUGUAUAAAUUAUCUAAGGGAUGCUAAAGGCUGUAUGAAUUAUAUAAGAUAUUCGCAUCUAUUUAUUUACAAGUUCUAAAUAUCACCUUUUUUUAUUCAUAUACAUUUCCCGCGUGUCGUGUUAGAUGUUGUGUACUGGAAAAAGGAAUAAAUCGUCUCGAAUCAAAGCGAUCAAGAGAUAAUCUCAUAACAAGGCGACUUGAUGAAAUCGGCAGAUCUGAUUAUGUAAAAAGCUCGACCUAUGCUUUGAUAAAUCGCUAGUCGAUUGUAUAAAAUUCUAGACGAAUCGAUUAAGCAGAAAUCACUCCAAUCGAUUUUUGUAGCGAGAAAUCAAACGAUUCUUUAAUUUCUCUUUCUCAAUCUUACUUGCCUCUUUCCGAUCUCUCCUUCAAU